GCUCAGCAGAGAGGGACAGAGACGGGGAUUGGGAGAGAGGGAAGGAGGGAGAGAGAAGCUAAACAGGUGGUCUGAAAACACACAGAAAACAAUGUCGUCCGGCGGGGAGAAGCGGAAAGACCUCUAGUCCCCGCUUCUUUAAAGGAAUACCGGGGCAGCCGCGGAGCCGAGCAAACAAAAACCCAUGCUCCUUUUGUAUUUCCACACGGAUUUCUCCUCCUCCUCCUCUUCUCGGUUUUACUCCGAAUCUGGGCAAGAUCUCGGAUACUAAACCAUGAAAGUCACGGUGUGUUUUGGCAGGACCCGGGUGGUGGUGCCGUGCGGGGAUGGAAAUAUUAAAGUCCACACACUCAUCCAGCAGGCUGUCAUGAGAUACAAGAAGGCUAUAGCCAAGGAUGCCAGUUACUGGCUGCAGGUCCACCGAUUGGAGCACGGUGAUGGCGGCAUCCUCGACCUAGACGAUGUACUCUGCGAUGUGGCCGACGACAAAGACAGGUUGAUAGCAGUGUAUGACGAACAGGAGCCCCAUCAUGGCGGCGAUGGCACCAGCGCCAGCUCCACAGGGACCCAGAGCCCCGAUCUGUUUGCUGCAGACCUCAGCGCCGGAAGUGGAGCCUCGGCCUUCCAACCCUACCAGGCCGCCAGUGAGAUCGAGGUCACACCGUCUGCCCUGCGCACCAAUAUGCCCCUCCAUGUCCGACGCAGCAGCGACCCUGCCCUGCUGACCAUCAACGGGCCGUUUAGUAGCGGCGAGUCCCGGGUACAAACAGAAGAGCCUCCAUCAAGGAAGAACCCAACCCGUUGGUCCACCACCGCCGGCUUCCUGAAAGCUCGCCACUCCCCUGGCACCAACAGCCUCGAGAGGAAGGGCAAAGGUAUGGAAACGUACCGCAGUCUGCCGCGGGAUGCAGGGACAUGGGCCAAUCAGAGAGAGUUUCAGAGAGAGACGGCCCGCUCGUCACUCAGCGCCAAUCACCCCAUGGUGGACCGCUGGCUUGAGAGACAGGAACAGGAGGACGAGGCCAGGGAAGAAGAAAAUGGCAGGAUUGAGCCGGUUGGUCGAGCCGACUCCUGCAUGGACCACACCCCUGUGAGGUCACUAGAAGACAUAGUCAAACUGGUGGAGGUGUCAAACGACGGUGGGCCCCUGGGAAUCCACGUGGUGCCUUUCAGUGGCAGGGACCGCAGGACUCUUGGCUUGUUGGUCAAGCGUCUGGAGAAAGGAGGCAAGGCCGAGCAACAGGGCCUCUUCCAGGAGAACGACUGCAUCGUCCGUAUCAAUAACGGAGACCUGCGAAACAUCCGCUUUGAACAGGCCCAGAACAUGUUCCGUCAGGCCAUGCGCUCUCCUAUUAUCAUGUUCCACGUGGUGCCGUCGUCCAUGAAGGCCCACUACGAGCAGCUGUCCCACGCCGAGAGGAACCCAGCGUACAGCUCAGGCCGUUUCAGCCCCGACUCCUUGACCGGCAGCACCGUCUCCGGCAUGGACCACGCCCCGCAGAGAAUGUCCCGACACGGUUCCCAAACUCACCCACACUCUCAUCCGCAUCCUCAAUCCCAUACUCACCCAGACCAAACUGAAGGCUAUCCCCCUCUGACUCACCCGGCGGUGUCUGCAGCCAAGCCGCCGACAGGACACACUCACUCGCCUCAGAGGGGGCUAAACUCAACGCCAACAGGAGGAUAUACCAAAAAAGUUGGGAGGAGGCUCAACAUCCACUUAAAGAAAGGUCCUGAGGGACUCGGCUUCAGUAUAACGUCUAGGGAUGUUCCCAUCGGCGGCUCGGCACCCAUUUACGUGAAGAACAUUCUGCCUCGGGGAGCUGCCAUCCAAGAUGGCCGCCUCAAGGCAGGAGACAGGUUGCUGGAGGUGAAUGGGGUGGACCUGAACGGGCGGACUCAAGAGGAGGUGGUUUCACUGCUCAGGGCCACACCCAUGGGCGGGGCUGUGGGGCUGCUGGUUCUACGGCAAGAGGACACUUUCCUCCCCCGAGAAGUGAAUGCUGAGCCUCAGAUGCAAAGCCCCAGAGAUUUGCAUCCAAGGCAGCCUGUGACAGCCGGGAAACCCCAUUGGCUGAUCGAGAAGACAGAGGAGGAUGAGUUGGUUCUGACUCCAGACGGGACCAGAGAGUUCCUGACCUUUGAGAUCCCCCUCAGUGACUCAGGUUCAGCUGGGUUGGGUGUCAGUGUCAAAGGCAAUCGCUCCAAGGAGAACCACGCUGACCUGGGCAUCUUCGUCAAAUCAAUCAUUAAUGGAGGGGCAGCCUGCAAGGACGGGCGGCUUCGGGUGAACGACCAGUUGAUUGCUGUCAACGGAGAGUCGCUAUUGGGCAAAACCAACCAGGAUGCCAUGGAGACACUACGAAAGUCGAUGUCAACGGAGGGCAACAAACGUGGAAUGAUCCAGCUCAUAGUGGCCAGACGAGUGGCCAAAAGAAAUGAGGAGACACCAGGGAGCCCGCUGGGGGGCAGUCAGCAAACUAUAAACACGUCCCUGGACGACCACGAACGCCGCAUCUCCCACUCCUUGUAUGGCGGCCUGGAGGGCCUUGAUGACAACUUAAUGCCACGACAAGGAAUGAUGCCACGCACAAUAGGAAACUACCAGCUCUCACCCACCGUCAACAUGCCGCAGGACGACACUGUGAUCAUAGAGGACGACCGGCCGCCCCUCCUCCCGUCUCACCUCUCUGACCAGUCAUCGUCCAGCUCCCACGAUGAUGUGGGCUUCUCCGCUGACAUGACACCGCCGUGGGCCAAAGAGCUGCCCCCUCAGAACGAGAGCUCUGUGAAUCCAGAUGAAAAUAAUCCAGACGGCGCUUUCCAAAGGGAAGGCUUCGGACGCCAGAGCAUGUCGGAGAAACGCACCAAGCAGUUUGGAGAUGCCGCUCAGCUCGAGAUCAUCAAGACACGCAAGUCCAAGAGCAUGGACCUAGUAGCCGACGAGAUUAACCUCACCCCUCGUCCUGAGACCAACACAGGUUCUUCCACAAAAGAUGUUGGACCAUCGCUAGGCUUGAAGAAGUCCAGCUCCCUCGAGAGCCUCCAGACGGCUGUCGCUGAGGUAACCCUCAACGGGGACCUUCCCUUCCACCGGCCACGUCCCCGCAUCAUCAGGGGGCGGGGCUGCAACGAGAGCUUCAGAGCAGCCAUCGACAAAUCCUAUGAUCGACCAGCUGCGACGGAAGAAGACGAUGAGGGCAUGGAGACAUUGGAGGAGGACACAGAGGAGAGUUCGCGAUCAGGGAGAGACUCGGUGUCCACGGUGGCCGACCAGACCCCGCUUUCCGGCUCCGAGAAACCCCUGGUCAAUGGCACUAAUAGAACCAAAGAAGAGAAGAAGAAAGACAAAGAGAAGGGAGGGAAGGAGAAGAAGAAGCAGCAGGAGGGAGGGAAGGAGAAAGAAAAGGGGAAACCCAAGAAGGGCAUGCUGAAAGGACUCGGGGACAUGUUCAGGUUCGGGAAGCACCGUAAGGAUGAGCGGCCGGGGGAGAAGAUGGAUCGUAAAGGCUCCAGCAAGUGGAGGGCGGAGGAGACGCAGGUUUCAGAUGAGGAGACGAUGAAGAUGAGGAUGGAGCAGGAGAGGAUCCAAGCCAAGACCAGAGAGCUGAGGGAACGCCAGGCUAGGGAACGGGACUAUGCCGAAAUCCUGGACAUAAGCCGCACAUCGGAGAGGGCCUCUGAGGACGAGCACCCGUACGCAGGCAUCAACCCUCUGAACAGCUCUGUGGACAGCGGGCACAGCCGGCCCCACAGCCCCCGAGACGAUUACCCCCACAUCCAUCCACACCACCAGCACCAGCACUCCGAUUCUCUAUACACCCAAGUCAGCAAGGCCCGCAACGACCGGCCUCCGUCUGCAGACAGUAACCGGCUAGCCCCUAGCAACCAUGACCGGAUACAGAGGCUGAGGCAGGAGUUCCAGCAGGCCCAGACCAUCCCUGACGACCCCGACGACCGCAGGAGGACCUACAGCUUCGAGCAGCCCUGGUCAAACACCAGCAGCAACGGUCAGGGCGCGUACAGCCAGCCGGGUCGCCACUCGGUGUCGGUCGAGGUACAGAUGCAACGGCAGAGACAGGAAGAGAGGGACUCGUUUGCCCAGGCACAGCGACAGUACAGCUCCCUGCCACGGCAACCCAGGAAGAACCCCAGCUCCAUUUCCCAGGACUCCUGGGAUAAGGCGUACCCACCUGGCGAGGGCUUCCAGACAGCAAAGGACAACCCCAGGUACUCCAGCUACCAGGGCUCCAGGAAUGGCUACCCAGGCGGUGGUGGGGUCAACGCCCGAGUCCUUCUGGAGGCCCAGGAGCUUUUGAGGCAGGAGCAGAGGCGCAGAGAGCAGGAAGCCAAAGGAAAGUUAAUGCAGGAGGGCACUGGUAACAGCAGCUACGAGGGAUACCCCACAGCGCACCUGAAGGACCCAGCCUCCCCCAAGGGUCCGUACCGCCAUGAUGUGCCGCCUUCGCCUUCGCAGUUAGCAAGGCUUAAUAGAAUUGGGUCAGAAAAAGGAAGACUUUUUUAUUCUUGAGAAGUAUUGAUGGACUUAUGAUGAAGAGUUGAACAGAGAACUUGUGCAUCAGGAGCUAAGGGGAUUACCUUGAAGGAACAGCAAAAGUGGAUGCUACAAAUCUUGACAAACAGACAACCUAGAGGUCUUAUAGCUUAGCGAUGAUCGUAGAGGUAAACAGAUGUGAAGUGUACUCAGUAUGUGGGUGUUUGUGUGCAGUCCCUCGCUGUGCUGAUGACCUAUACCAGUAGUCAGUCACCCUCCUACAGACAUGAGACGCUCAGUGCCUUCUCUGCAUUCACGAACACGCUGCUUGUUCACAGUCGUCCAGGACUCUGAUUCAUCGAGAUCUGGCACCGUCAUGUACUGACAAUCAAAUGGGCAGACAGGCAAGUGAGUGGGCGUUCUUUUGAGCCCACGGGGAGGCGUAAGUUGCUGUGUGGGUUUGUGUGUGGGCAUGUGACAAGGUACAUGUUUCACAAUCAAGCAUGUGUGACGUGGUUUUACAGAGUGUCCCGUGGAUGACUCGUCCCAUCGGUCACAAAUCACCCUCUCUUCGCUGCGCUUAAGUUAACAUCCAACCCCUACCGACACUGCCGGCAUUUCUCUGCAUUCUGUUUUCUCGACUUCCAGUGUUUUUCCUCGGCAAUCGCGCUCUCUCACUUGAGUGCUCCCCAGGGAGAAGAGAAAACAAGGCAAAGUGUAUGAAAGAAGCAGGGCACAGUGUGUGUGUUAUUAAUAAAAAAGCCCCCCUCAUAAAUGAUUCAUAUCAUGUGUUAUCUCCAUGGAGGAGACCCAGGCAGAAAGGGUAGACAGCUCUGAUCCUCUGCCUGGCCCCCCUGCACCGCUCUGGGCUUGACUCGCUGGCCCGCCCGCCUGUCUGUCUGGAGCUCUGGCUCCCAUCCUCCUCUCGUUCUCGUCGCCUCUCUGUUCUUUACCUUUCUUUCUUCUACCUCAACACCCCCACCUUUAUCCUCCGCUUCCCUCCUCGCUCAUCUCCCACCUUCCUCUCAUCUCACCCCUCCCCCUCCCCUUACUCUUCCUCCCGCUACCCACUACUACCCUCCUCCUCCUCCCCGUCUCCCGAGUCAGACUCUGCACUGAAUUUUUCAUCACAAGCCACCUGCUGCCUGCCGGAGCCAAAGAACGCUGCCACCAGAGGCACCGACAGAGGGCCCGGCUUCUGACAUAAAGAGAGGAAUAAAAGCAAAAAAAAAAAAAAAAAAAAGACAGAAUAAAGAUGGGUAGAGAGACAAUAAGCCUGCCAGUGUGAGAUUAGCUGGAGCUUUUCUCCUGUGUGUAACAAAAGGCAAAAUUGUUGAGUUAAUUGCUUUCAAUUGCUGUAAUUGCUUUCUGGAUUUUUACCUUUUCAAGCAUUUAGCUGACACUCUUCUCCAAAAAUUACAGAAAUCUUUCUUAGAACUGCUUUUUCGUCACAUUAGAAAGUAGUGCCACAAAGUUCAUCUGCACGUUCUCACACAAUAGGCACUGCAGGAACAUUAGUGACAUACUCGGGGGGCUACUUAGCCCGCCAGAACAGUGCGAGCAGUGGUCAGCCACAAUCAUGGUCACUCACAAAUUCUCUACAAGUUAGCGGUCUUGUUACCUCAGUCACUAGCAGGACAAUAAAUAAAGUAUUCAAGAGAUGUAUUUGUAUGAUCGACUCCUGUGUUACGACCACAGCUCUUUUGUGGAGCAGUUGAUACUCCAUCAAGAUAGCUCGUUAGCUUCGAUAGUUUCCUCCAUUUUGGACUCUGCGGUUUUCCAUUCCCUCAAAUGUCAGUCCAGUUUAGAAGGUUUGCUAUUGAAUAACAGUGAAAUUUGAGUGCCAAAAGUUGAACUAGAUGUGCAAAUUUUUACAAAUAUUGACUUUGCCCCUGUAAGCAAGUCCACUGUAUGUGGCAAAUCCAUUGAAAUGAACUGAUUUAACGUAUGUUUUAUAUGCUGCCUGUGACUGAGCCUCCAGCAGGACAUUGUUUUUGAUAAGGGAUGUUGAUUUCUUUUAAAUCUAGUUUUCAAACACUGUGAGGACCACAAAUGAAUUUCAAUUUGCCUUGAAUGUAUUUGGUUGGAGAAAGACAUUUGAAAACCUGGACAAAUGAAACCAAAACUACCGGUUUUAUUGCAAUUUGCGUCAACCAACCCUUUAAAUGAAGUUUUAAUUAUGCCUCAUGCUAUCCCAGUGGCUUGCUAUAGGUAUAUAUCAGAAAGAAGACCUUGAGCAUUGCCAACAGAUGCUUAAAAAUCCCUAUUACAGUGCUCCAGCCCUCUGCUAUAAUUGUUGCAGUAGGUGGCAACAGAUCCUCUUAGUCUAAACCUACCCCUCUUUGACACUUUGACACCACUAAUGUUUGUGACAUGAUCGUCUCUGCCUGCAAGCAAACAAAUGAGAUCGAGCUGAGGUUGAACUUUAAACAAAAGGGAAAUACAAAAAAAAAAAAAAAAAAGACGGCCAUCAUCAGGCUGUGGAAAACAAACAGGCGGUGCGUAAUUGCCCUUCACUCCUACACACUCCAUAUGCUGAGUGAAGCUGCAUGACAUACUUUAUCUCCUGUUGGUUAAUGAAGACCCUUGCUGGGAAAGACGCAGGCUUAGUAGGGGUAAUAAAUGAUGAGCAAGAAAAAGUAAGAAGAUGAAGAAGAAGGGAUUUUUCAAUGGCAUUAAUCCAGUGUAGAAACCUGUAUUUUAACCUGAGGAAAGUUCACAAUACUCUAUUUUAAGCUAACUAAAAUUCCCCUUCUGCAUUAUGUUUGUAUUUAAUGACACAAACGCACUAAAUCCACGCUCCAAUGGGGGUUGAUGAUAACUGUUACCAAAUAAGAUGUAGGUGAGGGUGGUUUUUAGUAAAAAAGUGUUUGGUUGUAGCGGCCAGCACUUCCUGCUGUGAACACUCGUGCGUCUCGAAAUGCAGACUAGCACAUUUAGAAGGAUGCGUUUGACCUGUGCUCUAAACGUUGUGCUCUUUGCUGUUCGGCUGUCCAGUUAUGGGGUCUGAUAUCGAUAAGUGCCUGAUAUUAUAUCAUACUAUUUUACACAAAGAGGGACACGAUGUGAUUGGUUUGUCAGUGACACUACAGCACACACACCACAGUGUGUUUUUAAACAUUUUUAAUAUCAUAUUAAAAUGUGUCAUUUUUGGGGUACUCCUUCCCGAACCUUUUUUUUAUUUUAUUUACAAGAGCCAACACUUUACGAGCGGUUAUCAGUGUAUUUGUAUCCUGUUUGACAUUGCCUUCAACCAUGCUGUACCAUGAUGUGUUUUAAAGUAUAAAGAAAUGGAAGCUGACGUGCAAUUGUUUUGUUUUUUUCCAGAAAACUUUUACAUGAUAUAUUAAGAAAUGUAUACAGCCACUUUUUCCUGUACAUAUCAAAUUUAGAAUAAAACGGAAGGCUGUUCCAUCCUGUUUACAA